CAAUUCACAUUCUCAUGAUUAUUUUGAUCGUGAAAGGACCCCAGAAGAGAUUGAAUCAUCUGAAACUCAUCCUGUUUACAUGGCUAAUGCAUACAUUGCUGAAUGGGUUAGUAGAUUUAAUCGACUUGAAUAUGAUUAUGCCAGGAAACCGGACCAAGAAAGGCGUUCAAUUACAAUGCUUUUAAGAGCGACUCUUCAUCCAGUUGGAUAACCAUUUGAUUAACUUUGAUGAUCAGUGUUGUUGUUAAUUAUUUAAUUGACACACACACAGUAAGUAGAGUUAAAUAUGUAUGUUAACAUGAUUUGAUGAUUGAGAUAAUCAAAAGAUUGAUGAUUUUGUUUUUCCCUUUGACUUGUUUACAACAUCAAAUUAACAUAAAAACUCAAUUGAAAAACUAUUAAUAUAGAAAUGAAUAAAUUUGAUUGAAAUGUUUGAUAACAAAUUUGUUGCCUUUAAAUGACCGAUUGAUUGUAACUCUAAAAAUCACAAUUAAAGAUGUUAAUAUUUCAUGAUAAUUUUCAUAAUUACAAUUAAAUGUCACUUUGAAUUUGAAUUGAUUUUCAAGUUGUUUUAUGUAUCCGUUUCAAUAAGCAACACUAGAUGCCACCACUUGUGCAUCUUUGUUUGCGCUCGUUUGGCUAACUCGAGACAAAAAUUAACUGUUAAUGUUUGAAAUUUUAUCGUAUUUUAAUAAUUUUUAUUAAUUGUUUUUUCUCUCCACCUUUUUUUUAUUUUUUUCUGAAACCUUCAAUUCUUCAUGGCAUAAUUCAUGUUUAAGUUAAAAUCUUACGUGUUGACUUCUCUUCGAAAACAUUUAUUUUAAUUAAAAGGAAGUUGCUUUGGAGUGAAAAUACAAAGCAGAAGCAACAAGUUUUAACAUAAAUAGAAACAGCCUUACUGAGAAACCAUUUCACAGCCUUGCUGAAAUUUGCCAAGAAAUCCAUUUAGUUCCAUCUUCUCUCAACUUUAAUUAACUUAAUGAUAUAUGGGACCUUGUCACAUCAACAUGAUGUUCAUCUUGUAAGCUGUCAAUGUAGAUUAGGUCAACCUCAAUGCAGAUGACAUUAACGUGCAAUAAAUAUAAUGCUCAAGAAAAUGGGGAUGACAACGCUUUCAGUUCGCAUAAUCAACGUAUCCAAACAGACGCCUUGGAAAUUUUCAAGUAUUAAUAUAAAUGUAGAUCUAACAAAAAUCUCGUUGUUUAACAGUGAAAAGAAAGGAGCAAAAGGGAAAUGGAAAGUGCUAAAAGUGUAUUGAUAAUGAUGGUUAAAAAAUGAAGAUUUGAAGAGCAAUGAUGAGCCAAGGAAGCUGGAAAAAAAGGCCAAAACAAGGCGAAAAAAGCAAUGAAAUAGAAAUCAUCUUUUACAUCAAGAUGAGAAGGGAGAUGAAGUUGAAUGCCGCUAACUGAUGAUGAUAAUGACGAUGAAGAUGAUUGUAAUCAUGAUGAUGGAGGAUAUAUAAUUUUUCUUUCUUUACGCGUAACAUGUUUAUACAAAAGAAAAACUAUCAAAUAACUUGAUAGAGCGACCUAACGACUUGUAGCUACUCUUCCUUCUGUUAAUAACAACUUGCAGGUUAAAUUUUUAGACUUAAAAUGAAGGCCUUUCUCUCUCUUUCCUCUCUUUUUAUCCUUUUUCUUUCUUCUCUUUCUCUUUCUAUCUCUCACUCUCUCCAUCUCUGAAGACAAGAUACCCUCUACCUGAAUACUUUGGGCAAUUGCAUUCCAAACGAAAAAAGCAGAAGCUGGUUCGACAAGUUUCCUCUCUCUUUCUCCAUCUUCUUUCAUUUUUUUCUUUUUUCUCUUUCUCAUUCUUAGACCGGCUUAAUUUUUACCUUAUUUUUUCUCUCUUUCUUCUUCUAAUUCAAUCUUACCUUAGACUCUUCAUUCUUCGUUGUUUUCCUUCUUUUUUCUUUUUUUUCUUCUCCAUCAUCAUAUCAAUAGCCCCUUGCUUUUUUACCCCCAAGACCCCUAGGGCUAUUGAAUGGGAGAGAGAAAGAAAAGAAGAAAACAGAGAGAGAGAGAGCAUAGGUAAACGUUUACCUGUACAUUGAAUGGAAGAGGCAGAGAGCAAAAAAGAGAGAGUCCUUCUGGCCUGAAAGCCGUAGUAGCUCCCGUGUUCAGUUGAAAACACGGUCUCAAUGUUAAUGUUUUUAAACUUGACUAGACUCGGUUACCUUUUUUCAGCAUUUUUCUCUUUUAGCUUCUUUAUUUCAUCUUUUUACCUUAACAUUUGAUCAAGUUAAGCAACCAAAAUAUUUUUGAAAGUUACUGUUUUCUUGGCUUCUUCAACCUAUUUUACACAUUCUUCCAUCCAAUUUUAACCUUUGUGAUUACAAGCCAUCUUUUCAUCAUCAGUAAAUUGUGCUUCAGCUCCAUUUACGGAUUUAAUUGUUUCUUCUCAAUUCACGUGCUUGGUUUAUCUUGUUGUGAAAAUGCCCAUUGCCAUGUUUAUAAUUAUUUACCUUCUUCAACUUUUUGGAUAACCAUGUCACAAGCUUAUGAUCAAAAGUUUUCCUGACACCGAUCAAUAUGUUGGAUUUACAGUGCCCAAUGUUCACCAUUUCAACUGUUCAAUUCUAAUCAUUGAGUUGCUUUUCCUAACCGAUACACACAACCUUCAAAACAAUUGAUUUCAAUCAAUUGCUUUUAUCAAUAUAUUUUGAUUUGAUGACAAAAAUGCUGUCAUCCUAAUUUUAAUGAUCAACAAUGAAGUCUAUAUCUUGACAAAAUUAAAAUGAGCGCAAACAAACCAGAAUGUUAACAACAAGAUUAACAAGGAAAGCAACAGAAAACAUGACAAGAGAUUCUUGUCAUGUUAAUUAUAUUCAGUCGAUCAGUCUAAAUAGACAUCGACUGAAGAUAAAACAAUAUAAUUGCUGGUUACCUAGUUUAUUAACAAUUUAUAUUGCUUUUAGUGUUCAGAUCAUUCCUUUUGUAGUUUCUAGUUUAACUUCACCUUCACCUUCACCUUCACCAUCAUCAUCAUCAUUUUCUUCAUCUUCACUUACAUCCUUCUCUCCACUUAUCAACAAAAGAUGGUCUCGAUCAACAUUUUUAUCUUCAAACAGCAAUCAACUGGAUUUAAAAUUUGAAAUAACUGAAAACUCGCCAGCAGGAACCUUGAUCGGUGUAAUUCGUAGUCCAUCCGGUUACCAACCAUGUCAACCACCAUUUUUAAUUGUGCCCAUUCGAAGUGGCACAUCAGAAUCAUCGCCUCUAUCCUCAUCUUCAUCAUCACUUUCAAAUUUACGGAGUGGAGUUGACACUGAUUUAAGCAUUGAUCAAGCUUCAGGAGAGAUUCGCAAUUCUGUUGUUCUUGAUCGUGAACAAACAUCUUAUUAUACCUUCAUUGCAAUUCCCUUUGUUGGACCCAAUAUCAAAGUUACCAUCACUGUUUUGGAUGCAAAUGAUAAUGCACCAUUAUUUCCAGUUCCUAGUAUUCAUCUUGAAUUUCCUGAAAACAGUAAAGUUCGAGAUGUUAAACGUACUUUACCACCAGCUCGUGAUCGUGAUUUAGGUAUCUUUGGGACCCAAAAGUAUCGAAUCAUAUCCGGAAAUCAUGGUAAUGCAUUCAGAUUAGCAAGCCAUAGAGAAAAGGAUGAUGUUCUGUAUCAUGAUCUUCAGGUAAAUGGAGUAUUGGAUCGUGAAUCAACCUCCCGUUACUCAUUAAUUGUUGAAGCUCUGGACGGUGGUUUGCCUCCGUUAUCGAGCCAACUUCUGGUCAAUAUAAGUAUUCUUGAUGUCAAUGAUAAUGAACCCAUUUUCAGUCAGUCCAGGUAUGUGGCUACAGUGCUUGAGAAUGCGACUCUUGGGACGCCGAUUCUUCAGGUUGUUGCCACUGACUCUGAUGAAGGUUCAAAUGGUAAAAUUGAAUAUUCAUUGCCCACCAAUCGACGACCUGGAUCUGGUACUUCGUCUUCGGAAUCGUCUUAUUUUGAGAUUAACAAAGACACUGGAUGGAUCUAUUUAUCUCGUCCGGUUGACUUUGAAUCAAAAGAUCUUCACGAGUUGGUUGUUGUUGCUCGAGAUUGUGGUCUACAGCCUCUUGAGACUUCAGCCUUUGUCUCAAUCAGAGUAGUUGAUGUAAAUGAUAAUCGUCCGACUAUCAAUUUAUUGUUUCUAACUGAAGAUGCUCAGCCAAUUGUUCCCGAAAAUGCGCAAAUUGGUGAUUUUGUUGCCAGAAUUUCCAUCAAUGAUCCUGACUCGGCCAGUCCAACGGGUUUAUCUUCAUCAGAGUUUAACAAAUUCAUGGUAACUCUAUCGGGUGGAGAUGAUUAUUUUAGUCUUAAUCGGUCAGAUGUUGCCAUUUACAUGGUUACUGUAUCCAAAUCACUCGAUCGUGAAGUUAAAGCACAAUAUUCCUUAACUGUGACUGUUAGUGACUCUGGAAGUCCUCCGCUCAAUACUUCAAUGGUGUUUGAUCUGGAAAUUUCCGAUGUCAACGAUAAUCCACCUUAUUUCGAGCAAUCAGUUUAUCACGCUUCUUUACCCGAAGUCGCCGAUCCUGGAACUGUUGUCUACAAAAUGAAAGCAAUUGAUCGUGAUUCAGAUUCUCAAGUUACAUACUCAUUUAGUGGUUCCAAUUCAAAUUCAACUUCAAACACAUGGUUUGUUAUUGACUCAGAAACAGGACUAAUCACAACUUCAUCACAAAUUGAUUGUGAAACUGAUUCAGCACCACAAUUAGUUGUAACUGCAACCGAUGGUUCAUCUGUUACGGCAACGGCAACUCUAAUUGUAACAAUCAGUGAUGUCAAUGAUAACGAACCCAUUUUCGAUCAAUCCUUUUAUAAUGUAACUACUCGUGAAGAUACUCAGGUUGGAUCGUGUAUACUUCGAGUUUCUGCCUCUGAUCCAGAUUGUGGAGUCAACUCUUUGGUUAAUUAUAGUUCAGUUAAUGCCGUUUCAUUGGGCCAAUCAGAUAUUCCAAUGAGCAUUACUUCGGAAAAAUCUCGUUCACUUAUUUUAACCUCGGAUUUCAUUGUUGACCCAUCAACUGGUGAUCUUUGUAUUGCUCGACCCUUGGAUUUUGAAAAACGCCGAUCUUAUGAUAUUCCAAUUAUGGCUACAGAUAGAGGAGGCUUAUCAACAACAGCAAUGGUUAAAGUUACAUUAAUAGAUGUCAAUGAUAACGGACCAAUUUUUUAUCCAAAAGAGUAUAAAGUUUCAGUUGAGGAAAAUAUCGUUCCAUUGUCUAAAGGACGCUUUAUUGAACCUGCACCAAUACUGAUUGUAGCUGCUACUGACGCCGAUUCUUCGGGAUCACCUUUUGGGACAAUUCGCUAUUCAAUCAGAUCAGGAAAUGAAGAAAAAGCAUUUGAAAUCGAUCCUGUUACAGGACGCAUUUAUAUUGUACGACCGCUUUCAUCAGCCAAACCAUUUUAUAUAUUAACAAUAGCUGCAACUGAUGGUGAUGAUCGAGAAUCCAUUGAACCUGCUUUAGUUCAUGUUUCGGUGCUUCCUCAAGGAGGCCAAUCGCGCCCUUAUUCACCAGUAUUUUCUCAGCGUCAUUACGGUUUCGAGAUUAAAGAAAAUUCUUUGAUUGGAACAAAAGUGGGCUUAGUAUCGGCAACUGCAUCCUCUUCAUCGCCAUUAACUUAUGCUAUUUACUCGGGUGAUCCUGAUGCUUAUUUCACCAUUGAUCCAACCACAGGAACUAUCCGUGUUAAUAGUGAGACAAUUGAUGCUGAAAAGUAUUCUUCUCUUUUGCUCAAUGUCCAAGCUAAAGAGGGUGAAAAUCCUGGUCCAUACCGUUACGGUCAUACUCAAGUUAAUGUUACAAUAGUCAAUGUUAAUGAUAAUCAUCCAACAUUUGGAACUGAUCGGUUAAAGAUAGCAAUUCCGGAAAAUAUGUCCACUAAUAAUGUUACAGUUUUAAUUGCUCAAGCAAGUGAUGCUGAUGCCGAUGACCUUGGUAAUUUAACUUAUUCACUUCAGGACACUCAGCUAGGCUCCGAUUCAACACCAUUUAUAAUUGAUAAAUCAACUGGAGCAAUAACUCUUCGAUCGUCUCUUGAUUUUGAGAAGCUUAACCAUUAUAGAUUGAUUGUUACUGCUACCGAUGGUGGUGAUCUUAGUUGCUCUAUGGUUGUUGAUGUAAAUAUUCAAGAUGUUAAUGAUUGUGUCCCUCGUUUUGUCGGUUAUUCUGAUUCAAUCUCGGCUUUGCUUAUGGAAUCACCUGGGUUUCAUCUUGUCCUAAGUGAAGACACGCCAGUCAGUGCACAAAUCUAUCAAAUUCGAGCUGUUGAUGAUGACACUGGUAACAAUGCGCGAUUAACUUACUCUAUAAUUGAAACUGUCUCUGGAAAAACUAAGGAAGGUUCAAAGAAUACUGAAUCAGAAUUUCCAUUCGCUAUUUUUCCAAACAACGGAAUACUUUACACAAGAAGACCACUUGACAGGGAAUCGAAAGACAAUUAUUCCUUCACCAUUCAAGUUACCGAUCAUGGAUCUCCAGCUCCACUUCGAUCAUCAACUUCAAUGACGAUAACAAUAGUUGACACAAAUGAUAAUCGACCUCUUUUUAAAUCGAGAGAAUGGUCUUUCUCUAUUUCCGAAUCGGCACCAAUAGGAACUGUUAUCGGUUUUGUUUCAGCAAUCGACCCUGAUCUUGGUGAAAAUGGGACUCUUCGAUAUUCAAUUUUCAAAGGUUUUAGUCUUGAGGCUUCUAAGUUUGCUUUGGACCCACAAACCGGAGAGAUCAGUUUAAAAUCGAACCUAGAUCGAGAAGCAAAAGACCGAUACAUUUUCAAGAUAGAUGCUCACGAUUCUGGUAAACCUAGUCCAUUAUCAGCAGAGUCAAAAACUACUGUUAUAAUUGAUGUAUCCGAUGUGAAUGAUAAUAGUCCAACCUUCAUUAUCGAUGAGAUGACCUCUGGAAAUUCAAAUCGUCACAUAAUUGCCCUUGGAUCACCUGAAGGAACUUAUGUUACUACUGUAAAAGCAUCUGAUCCUGACUCGGGAAUCAAUGGAACUCUCACUUAUUCUUUGAUUGAUUCAGAUUCAGAUUUGUUUGUUAUUGGUAGAGUUAAUGGUGUAAUAAAAACUGCUCGUUCAGUGGAAAAACUAGCCUCUUAUAGAGUUGGAGUUCAAGUAACUGAUGGAGGUGGACUUAAGUCUCCCAUUAAGAUUAUUCAAAUUGAUGUUAUUCAACGAUCUUUUAUUGGAAAAGGUCAAGUUCAACAUCCAGAACAUCGUUCCUCGCCUAGUUCAACAAAAUUAUCAUCAUCCGAUUCCGAGGAUAAUGUUUAUCAUGAAUUUCGUGUUCGUGAAACAGCAGAAAUAGGAAGUGAAGUUGGAACCAUCAAUGUUGCUCUACCUGAUGUUAUGGCUAACUUUUUCCAUCGAUUUAGUUAUUGUUCAAAUGGUUAUUAUGUUAAAUAUGAGAGGCCAAGUUAUAUUGAUGGGAACGAAGUUCCGAAAGAAACAAAUUCAAACAAGUUUGUUAUUGAAUCAAACGACUUCUCUACAAUUCACAUUAUUGUAGGCCAAUCGUUAGAUUAUGAGUCAAGCUCUGAAAGUUCAUUCCAAAUCUACAUCGACCCAUGGCAAUGUGCACUGACAUCAAUUCCUCUUGAUAAAGGCAUUAAUUAUUUCCGUCCUCAUCAGAAUUCCAAAAAUGUGAUUGGUAAAAAUUAUCAAUUAAUCUCAACUGUUAAAAUAACAAUCAUUGAUGAUAUUUCGGAUUGUCAUCCAUUCGAAACAAUCACCCGUGAUCUUAAAGAAUCAAAUGGCACUCUUCUCGACAUAAUGAUCCCUGUUUCCGAGGAAACAAUUCAUCAGCGAUCAAUUGACCUUUAUCCUCUAGCAGAAGCUUGGUCGGUUGGAUGUACUGGUUUAAAUCUCAAUUACCAACUUCGAAGUUUGUCACUUAAUGAUGUAACUUUGAAUCGCCUUUUAGUUAUUAAUGAUAAAUCCGUUUUAACCUUCAAACCAUUUGAUAAGGAAUUGAUUAAUGAUUUAGUCAACCAAGGAGAACUCAUUAUAAUAGUUCAAGCUUAUUUAUCGAUACCUGAAGAUAUUGGAUCUUCAUUGAUUCACCGCUCACCAAUUGGAUCACAAGCAAUUAGAUUGCUUUGGGUUAAAGACACUGGUCGUAAUAUGGACCGAGUAACAUUCAAUGGACCAGCAACUUACACAUUCCCUGAAGAUUGUUGCCAUCAAAAUGAAAACAUUAUCCGUCUGUCUUUGAAUAUCAGUCAUGACCAUUUUGACGUUAAUUAUCGAUUUAGUGAAAUCUCUGGCCGAGAAAGUGUUUUCUCUAUAAAUCCAGAAAAUGGUUUAGUUGCCUUAUUAGAGCCUUUUGAUUAUGAAAAAACUCAAGAGUAUCGGUUGAAUGUAACUGCCACAAUCUAUCUGCGUACCUCUCCUGGACCAAGAACAGGAUCAAAUGGUGGCCGAACUGGAUCAACUUCAACUAAUUUUGAGCCAAAUCGUAAUCCAAUCAAGACAAUUUCUCGUUUGUUUACUCUUAAAAUUACCAAUAUAAACGACGAAAAGCCCAUCUUCACUCAACCACCCUAUAAUCGUGAAAUAUUGGAAUCUGUUACUCCAGGAACCUUAAUAGCAACAAUCGAAGCCAAAGACGCAGAUUCAAAUUCUGAUCUUAUGUAUCUCAUUCCACCGGGACAUGAAGAGUAUAAAUAUUUCUCUAUUGAUCAAAAAACGGGUGAAUUGAAAACAUUAAUAUCACUUGAUAGAGAGACUAAAGAGAUUCACCGAAUUCCAGUUUUUGUCUUUGAUGAAGAUUAUGUUCACUCAGCUUCAACCAUCGUUACUGUGGUUUUACUUGAUGUUAAUGACAACCAACCCAUAUUUUCAAGUCUUUCACAAUCAGUGAAAAUACCUGAAAAUAUUUUACCAGGAACAAUUUUCCACACAAUAAUAGCUUCAGACUUGGAUUCGCAAACAGGUUCAAAUAGUUCAUCGUCAUUAUUACCUAAUUUGGAUUAUUCAAUAAUAAGUGGUAAUGAAGAGGGUAAAUUUGGAAUCAAUCGAGCAACUGGACAGCUAUCAACAUUCGCUCCUCUCGAUCGAGAAAGAAAAGCUGGUUAUAAUUUAACAAUUCAAGUUACCGAUUCACUUCAUAAAAGUCAAUGUAAUUUAACCAUCGACUUGAUAGAUGUUAACGACAACAGUCCAAUAUUUGAUAAAUCAGUUUAUUAUGCUGUGAUUGAUGAAUCAAGAUUAUCUGAUUGUGAAACAAGUGGAUCUCGAGUUUUGUCUGUGGUAAAAGUGAAGGCGAUUGAUCCAGAUUCAGAAAACUCAAUCUAUUACACCAUUUUAGCAUCAGGAUCACCAGAAGCAAUGUAUUUUACUAUCGAUCCCAAUACUGGACUUAUAACAACAGAUUGUGCUGCAGUAGCACAAGCUCGUAAGGCUAAAUUGGUGACCUUACCAGGAGUCGAUUUCGCAGCUUCAAACCCACACAGUCUAACACUGUCUUUUGAUGUUUUGGCCAUCGAUGUUGGAAGCUCACCAUACGCAGCUCAUACGACAAAAACAACAAUUCAAGUUACUGUAAUGGGAUCACAUGAAUCUGAUUCUCCUCGAUUAGCAAGUUACCCAACAAUUAUUGAAGUUUCUGGCUAUAAAGAGGACUAUAAAGUUGGUUCAGAAAUAGGACGGAUAUCUGUUGUCAAUACCGAAAACUCGCAGCGAAAUGGUGGAGUUGAUGGUUUGCCCUCAUCCAACACUGGAUCUGGUGGAGAUUCACCUUCAGAUUCAACAAACUCUUUAGUUUAUACAAUUGUUGAUGAAGAUCCAAAUCUUCGUUUUUCUGACUACUUCAUAUUAGACUCACGAUCUGGUUCAAUCACUGUCAAAAAGUCACUCAUCUAUGGACACCAUGAAGCUUUUGUUGAAAUCCGUCGUUCGGGCUCACCAUAUUCAACUCUCACACUUGUUCAGGUCAUCUUAUCAGGUGAAAUGUUAUCUGCCAAAGCAAUUGGUUCUAGUGAGUCUACUAAAAGAGCUCGACCUUCAAUUCCUUAUAAUGUUUCAUUAUUUGAAAAUGUGCCACUUGGAACAGAAGUUAUUAAUCUUAUGUCACGCUAUCGAUCAACUUACCGGGGCAAUGGACAUAAUGAAGCUCGCUCACCACUAGCUGAUUAUCAGUUCCAAUUUGCAUUCACUUCUGUUAAUCAGUCAACUUUUUAUCUUUAUCCCAACACUGGAAUUAUUACAAUCCGUAAAUUGUUAGAUUUUGAAACGGAUCCAUCACGAAUCGAACUAGUUAUAGUUGCUCGAAAACGAACCUCCCCUCUUUCUGAGCCAAUCUUUUUCACUGUUACCAUUAUGCUGAUUAAUGUCAACGAUAAUGCACCUCGAUUUACUCAAGCUCAUUACAUUUCAACUGUUCGUGAAGGUGAAUCAAAAGGAACUUUUGUCACACAAAUAAGUGCUCUUGAUGUUGAUAAUGUCGAUAGUGCAAUUGUAUCUCGUGAUUCUAUUGACAUUGGUUUGUCUGGUCGAUCAUCGGGUAAAUCAACUGUAACUUAUCACAUCUUGGAAGGUAAUCAUGAUAAUGCUUUCAUCAUUGACCCACCAGGAUCAGGAUUUGUAAAAACAAACAUAGUUCUUGAUCGAGAAAUUAGAGAUCAUUAUGUUCUGACCAUUGUUGCCAAUGAUGAAGGUCCCACUGGACUAUCAUCUGCUUCUAGAGACUCGCGCAAUUUAGCAUCAACAACAUCACAGUUGUCUUCCCAUUGUACACUUGAGAUCAAUGUUAUCGAUAUAAAUGAUAAUGUUCCAGUGUUUCCACCCUAUCAAGAGAUAUCUGUUUUUGAAGAUGCCGAGGUUGGUGCCACUGUUGCCUCACUUACUGCUAAUGAUGUCGAUACUUUCCCUCCAUUAACAUAUUAUCAGAAACGCUCUCAUUUAGAUGGUUUAAGUGAUAACAUUGAUGAUCUAUUUGAUAUCGGACUUUACACUGGACGGAUUACAUUGAAAUCCCGACUAGACAAGUCUCUAGCCAAUCCAACAUCAUUACCUUCUCAACCAGCGCAGUAUAAAAUUGCUGUCCUAGCUUCCGACUCUCUUAAUACGAUUGAAACUCAAGUUGUUAUCAAAGUUAAACCAAAAAGUAUCUACCAAAGGCCACCAGUUUUCGCUAAAGAUUACUACUUUGUCCCAAUCAAAUUGAACACUCAUCCAUGUGUUUUAUCAGGAUCGAUAAACUGUAAAAUCGCUCAAGUUUCAACAAUCAGUUCAGAUAACAAUUUUGAUGGUUUGCCGCGGUUAAAAGUAUCCUACAAAUUAGCUGGAGGUUCAAGUUCAUCCAAAGGAUUUUAUAUUGAUUCGUAUACAGGAACAGUAUACAAUAACCGAAGUUUGAGUCGAUUAAGUAAAAGUCCAACGGCAGGCUCAAUUUUCCAACUUACAGUUAUUGCUGGAUAUGCAAAUGAAGCUGGUCGAUUCAUUUCUGGCCACAAAGCCAGGUGUUCGGUAUUGGUGGUUAUUCCUGGAGGAACCAAUGUUAACAACGAGUCAUUGUCAUAUUUAUUAAACAGUGAAUCUGAUUCUGGAUCAAAAGAGGAGCGAACAAGCUAUACAAUCUCGGUGCGAAGAGAUUUCGUUGAUCAAGUGCUUCUUGAACUUGAUGGAUUCGAUUUUGAUACUUUUACUCUAACCAAUGGAAAUGUUGAUCGAUCUUUUGCUUUACUUAGAGGUCGUCAAUUAAUCAUGAACAAAAGACCAAGUCGUAGUGAAUACAAGCUCACAAUCAUUCGUCGUUCUCAUCAAACUGAUGACGAUCUUACCGUUAAUAAUCCAACAACAUUCACUGUUCAUAUUAAAGUCACUUCAGAAGAAUCAGGAAACAGUUCAACUGCAUUUAAAUCCCAAAUUAUCUCCACUUACAUGAGUGAAAGUGCUCCACCCGGUCAUCAAGUAACCUCAGUCCGCUCAGAAUCUGAACAGUAUGGUUCAUCUUAUCGGUAUUCAAUUUACUCUGGAAAUGAAUUGGAAGCAUUCCAAAUUGAUGAGAUAACUGGAGUUGUAACAAUCAACAAGUCGCUUGAUUUUGAGUCCUACUCUUUUCAUCAGUUAACCAUUGUAGCUACAUCUUCAACUGAUUCUUUGUCCAAGCAAAAUGAUUUGUGUGUGAUUAACAUCAAUGUGCUCAAUGAGAACGAUAAUAAACCAAAGUUUGCGCUAACAUCUUACAAAAUCAUUGUCGAUGAAAAUACUCCUAUUGGUACUCCUAUCGUCCAAAUAAUGGCUUCAGAUGCUGACAUGUCCUCACUAAAUUACAGCUUUACACCAUCAAUGAAUGGACUUGUACCCUUUGGUCUAGAUACUCGAACUGGUUACAUUGUGACUACUCAAGCUAUUGAUUAUGAAACACUUGAAAAUUAUCAAGUCAUUCCAACCUUUAAAAUGGUUUUAAAAGCUGUUGAAACAUCUUCUAGUUCAGCCGAAGUAUUGAUUGAAGCAUCAAUUGGAUCGAUUGAUGAAUUUCCACCAAAGUUCACUUCAGAACGCUAUGAUUUUAAAGUAACAACUUCAUAUGGAACUCCACACGUUGUUGUUGGUCAUAUCUCAGCAACAGAUGAUGAUCUUGGACCUGACGGACAAAUAUUUUAUACAAUCAGAAGCUCUUCACCUCCCGGAGCUGCCAAGAAAUUCAAUUUGAAUUCAACAACUGGACUAAUUACUAUAAAUACUGCGUCGGUAGACAAAAUUCCACCUCAUUUCAGUUCACUAGUUGUUUCAGCUUCGUCUGGUCGGGCAGAUUCACUCAGUUCAUUAACACGAAUAGGAGUAAAUCUAAUUUUAACAGAUGAUAAAUCAACUUUGCACUCAUCCAAUAACAAUGAUAUUUUACAAUCAGGGUCUCUGUAUGAAGGAUCAAACCUCUCUUCAUCUCCAUCUUCAACUUCAAACACUGGAUCACAGAUAACAUCUUUACCUGGUUGGGUUAUGUUCCUGAUUAUCAUACUAUUUUUUGUAACUUGUGUGCUGUUGGCUGCAAUAUUUGCUAUCCGAUCCCAUCUUUCUGAUCAAUCAUCUGGACCUGGUCAAAGUCAUCACCAUCAUGCGACUGGUCAUCAUCAUCAAUCAUUUAUGACAACAUCAGCUUUAGCAUCAAUUGUACCUGGAGUUGGAACUCUUCUUCGUAAAAUUGGUGCUAAUCGAAACUCAGCUGAUGGUUGUACUCAUAUUGGUAAUACAACGAUUGAUUCAAUGAAUGACACUUCAACAACUUACGAUCACGCAUCAUUCCAAAGUAUGCAUCAUUUAGUUGGACAACAUCAUCAUCAUAUGUUACCUCGUUCAACCGCUUACUUGACUUCUGGCCAGCAUGAAUCCCUUCCUCCAUGCUAUAAUGAAGUUAAUAACAUUUGUUCGGGAGAGCCAACACCAGGAGCUUUAGCAGGUAGAUCAGGAAAUAAUAUUAAUGGAGAAGGACAUUCAGCUUCUAGUGGUCGUGGCUCGGCUGAAGAUGACGAUGAAGUUGAAGGAGAUUUGGAAGAAGUCGAUGAAGAGGUUCGAAUGAUUAAUGAAGGUGAUGGCUAUCAUACAUUUGGCUUGGACAAUCCAGAUCCACCCGAUGAACAUGAACUAAUACCAACAACAGCUGAAUAUUUAGCUCGACUUGUAAUUUUUGAUCCUGAUAUUGCCGUUCGAGAAGAUGAUUUAGAUCAUCUUGCAGAAGAAGUUCAAAGUAAAGCAGGAAGCGAAACGAAAGAUUAUUUAAAUAGACCAAGAACUGGUCUGGUAACGGGUAGUCUGCGUGAUCGUAAUCAAAUGCGCCGUCCACAAAUGGUACCACCAAUAAUUGAUGCCAAUGAAUGGAAUGAUUUGUCUUCCAUCGAAGAAGAAUUGUCUGAAGCUUAUAGUUGGAAUUAUCUCUCUAACUGGUCUCCUCAAUAUCAACCCUUAGCUAAUGUUUAUACCGAAAUUGCAACACUGAAAGGUGCUAUUCAUUAUGAUGGCACAAUUGGUAGUUCAUCGAGUGGAUUGUCCGAUUCUCCGGCUUAUAUGCGCACAAGUUCAACACCUGCUGGUGAUGAUCGCCAUGAGACUAACUCACAUCAUAGUCAUUCAACAGUAGGCUCAAGAAGAUCUGCUCAUUUAGCUAUUCCAUCGACAUCUUCUGGUCAUCAUCAUCGUUUUCAUCAUACCAACACUCGUUUACCUCCAAUAAACGCUAGAGCAUUCAUUCCAGCUCCUCAAGGUUCAGCUCCUGUUUCUCAUGGAUCAGCUUUCAUGCCUUUUCCUGGUGAAAAUGGGACCAGAUUAACUAACGACGGAUUUGCCUGUGAUAAUAGAAUCAAAGGAAUAGCUAGCGACUCAUCGAGCGAUGCCUCAACAGCUACUGCAGUUUUCAUUGAUAAUGAUUCAACUGAUCGACUUAGGCUUUGAUCAAGCUUUUGUAAUUUAGACUAAUUUUAUUUAUAUAUUGAGUAUCGUGAUUAUUUCAAUUACUUAUUCUAGUCUUAAAACCUCAGCUCAAUUGAAGGUUAAAUUCACCUUAUAAUUAUCAUCAUUAAGCAUCGUCAUUCAUUUUCAUCUCAUUUUCACAUUUCAAUCAUUCCAACCA